AUGGCUUCUCAACCAGAUGGGCGAAAGUCCAAACCCCCAAAGCGGGCAAAGAACAUAUCUCGGUCACUCAAACGUAAACGAGAUGUCGACGACCACGACACUCUGCAAAAGGCCAUUGAAGAGCUAGAUCCAAAAGCUGAAGUAAAGGACUUUUCCGACCUACCUUUGUCACAAUUGACGGCUUCUGGACUCGAAGCAUCGCAUUUCAAGACCCUUACAGAUAUCCAAUCGAAAGCUGUGCCGCUUGCUCUGAAGGGAAAAGAUAUUUUGGGUGCUGCAAAAACUGGAAGCGGAAAGACUUUGGCAUUUUUGCUUCCAGUCUUGGAAAAUCUUUACAGGCAAAAAUGGACUGAACUGGAUGGGCUGGGCGCGCUCAUUAUAUCGCCCACUCGAGAGCUUGCAACUCAGAUCUUCCAGGUGUUGCGCAAAGUUGGACGGAACCAUUCCUUUUCAGCUGGGUUGAUCAUAGGAGGACGAAGUCUACAAGAGGAGCGGGAACGUCUGGGAAGGAUGAACAUUCUUGUGUGUACUCCAGGAAGAAUGUUGCAGCACAUGGAUCAAACAGCCGACUUCGAUGUGAGCAAUUUGCAGAUGCUGGUACUGGACGAAGCGGAUCGGAUUAUGGACAUGGGAUUUCAAGCAUCUGUGGACGCUAUUGUUGAGCAUCUGCCAAAACAGAGACAGACUAUGCUUUUCAGUGCGACCCAGACGAAGAAAGUCUCGGAUCUGGCAAGACUCAGUCUACGCGACCCUGAAUAUGUCGCUGUUCACGAGGCAGCGUCGAGUGCUACUCCAACUACUUUACAGCAGUACGUUGUGAUAACGCCACUAGCAGAAAAACUCAACACCCUUUUCAGUUUCAUCAGAAAUAACUUGAAGGCCAAGAUCAUUGUAUUUCUGUCAUCUGGCAAGCAAGUUCGGUUCGUCUACGAGAGUUUCCGACAUUUACAACCCGGUAUUCCUCUUCUCCAUCUUCACGGCCGCCAAAAACAAUCUGCGAGACUCGAUAUUACCUCAAAGUUUUCGUCUUCGAAGAACUCGUGUAUUUUUGCGACUGACGUGGUGGCAAGAGGUCUAGACUUUCCAGCUGUGGAUUGGGUUAUUCAGUUAGAUUGUCCUGAGGAUGCGGACACCUACAUUCAUCGAGUCGGUCGGACAGCUCGGUACGAGAGAGCUGGAAAGGCUGUGCUAUUCUUAGAUCCUAGUGAAGAGGAAGGAAUGCUGAAACGUCUCGAGCAUAAGAAGGUACCGAUACAGAAGACAAAGCCUCGGCAAAAGUUACAGCAAAGUAUCCGGAAUCAGUUGCAAGAUAUGUGCUUCAAGUACCCCGAACUCAAGUAUCUCGGUCAAAAGGCCUUUACUAGCUAUGCCAAGUCGGUCUAUCUGCAGAAGGACAAGGAAGUCUUCAAAAUAAACGAGUACGACCUCGAAGGUUUUGCGAAUAGCAUGGGCCUCCCGGGAGCUCCGAAGAUCAAAUUUCAGAAGGGUAACGAUACGAAAAAUCUCAAAAACGCACCAAGAGGAGCCAUUUCGAGUGAUGAUGAUAGCGAUGCUGAAGAGUCAACGAAGAAGCCGAUCAAGGAAGAGGUUAGGACGAAAUACGACCGCAUGUUCGAACGUCGUAACCAGGAUGUUCUGUCUGGCCAUUACUCAAAAAUGAUUGCAGAGGAGAAUCUUGACGAAGAUGACGAUGGCCUUCGUGAUGCCGAUGAGGACAAUGACUUCUUGUCAGUCAAGAGAGUUGUUCCUGUGGACGAUGAUGCGGAGUCGGAUGAUGAGAGUGUUGCGGCCGCGGGUCCUGCAGCACGAGUAAUUGAGGGCAUCAGCAAGGAGCCGAUCGUGAUCGACUCAAAACGAAGAGAGAAGAUGUUGACUUCCAAGAAGCAAAUGCUGAAGCUCAAAGAGAAAGGGACCAAGAUGGUUUUCGAUGAUGAUGGAGUUGCUCAUCAACUGUACGAACUCGAAGACGAAGCUGACUUCAGCAAACGUGGAACCGCCGAGGAGCAGAGAGCGAAGUUCUUGGAAGACGAAUCGGCGAGAGUUCGUGAGGCUGAUCUUGAUGAUAAGCAGCUGGCGAAGCAAAAGAAGAGAGAAAAGCGAGAGAAACGCAAGGCCAGAGAAGCAGCAGAGAGAGAAGGAUCGGAUGCCGACGAGGCUCCCGAACUGAUUAAUGUUGGAGAUGAUCAGGAUCCAAUGGCUCUAUUAGCAUCGCUCCCCUUGGGCGAUGAAGUCGAAGAUGAAGAGGAGCGACCUGCGAAGCGUCCAAAGAAAUGGUUCGAGGAUGAUUCUGAAGAAGACAAGAAGGUGGCCAAGCGGAAAGGCCGCAUUAUUGAAGCAGAUGAUGAGCCAGAGACCCUGGAGGACUUGGAGACUCUUGCUGCUGGUCUUCUCAAAUGA